AUGCGUGUGCAAAGAUGGGACUUCAACAACAAUCCGAUAUGCUUAAAAAAUGGUUCUACCCAUGAAGCGAACAUCGGACAACGGAAAUCGUCUGAUAUACCUUUGCGUGCAGAUGAAUCUCAUAAUUGCAUUCACGUUCAAGAGCGCCAUCAGCUUAAGUGGCAGGGGAUGACCCCGUUAACGCCAGAAGAGAAGCGAAAGCGGAAGAUGCCGACCCUUGAACUUCAGCUCGAUUACGUUCUAACGAAGAAAAUCCGCUUGUCAGAUAUUCGGAAAUCUAUAGCUGUCUGGUACGUCGUAUUCGAUUCCAACCACCGCCCAGUUCUCGUCAGCUCGAUGGUACGGUUCAGAAAAGGAGUCGUAGAGUUCAACAUUAACCGCAGCUGGACUUGGCAGGUCUGA